CAGAUCUCUUUACUUGUUUUUGAGGUCAGAGGUCAAACAGCCGCAGACAUGACAACGUUACGACCCUUCACCUGCGACGAUCUGUUCAAAUUCAACAACAUAAACCUGGAUCCUCUGACAGAAACCUAUGGGAUUCCGUUUUACCUGCAGUACCUCGCUCACUGGCCGGAGUACUUCAUCGUCGCUGAGGCUCCUGGUGGUGAACUGAUGGGCUACAUCAUGGGGAAGGCGGAGGGAUCUGUGGCUCGUGAGGAGUGGCACGGUCACGUCACCGCCCUGUCUGUCGCUCCAGAGUUCAGACGACUCGGCCUCGCAGCCAAACUGAUGGAGAUGCUGGAGGAGAUCUCCGAGAGGAAAGGAGGAUUCUUUGUUGAUCUCUUCGUGCGAGUCUCCAACCAAGUGGCUGUGAACAUGUACAAACGUCUGGGCUACAGCGUCUAUAGGACGGUGAUAGAAUAUUACUCUGCAAGCAAUGGAGAGCCUGACGAAGACGCUUAUGAUAUGAGGAAAGCUCUGUCCAGAGACACGGAGAAGAAGUCGAUCAUCCCGCUGCCACAUCCCGUCAGACCAGAAGACAUCGAAUAACAGCCGAGUGGCUCUCUGACGCUCGGCUCCGCUCAUCCUCGUGUGAAAUGUGUCGUCACCACAGGACCUGCUCAGUUACACUGUACAUAGUUCAGAUGCUGUUAAUCAGUCAGAGAGCCACAGUUUGUACCAUAUUUCAUUUUCUAAAUUCUUGUAUAUUCAAAAAAAAAACAAGAAGCCAGUUUGAAUCGAUGACGUGUUUAAUGACUCGAAAACAUGGAAAUAAUGAAAAUACAAUAAAGACUGAAAAAAUAACAGUAGAAAAAUGAA